CCACACGUUCUCAUCAUCCCCGGGGCAUGGUACCCAACUUCAAUCCUAGAGAUAUUCAUCAAAUCGUUAAAGGGAGCAGGGUUUUCUACUGAAGCAGUCUCCCUCCCCAGUUUCGGAACAGCAGGCAUCUCGGUCCAAGACGAUGAAGCACACGUAAAAGAUCGGCUUACGUCUCUCGCCAACGAGGGAAGGGAUAUUAUUAUCUUCGCCCAUUCGUACGGCGGUAUGGUUACAACAGGAGUUAUCGCUAACCCCAGUCUAGAUAAAAGGAGCAGAGAAGGACAGGGAUUAAAAGGCGGUAUUGUUGGUAUUGUGUACCUGGCGGCUAUUGUACCUAUACAAAAUGAGUCGAUUCUUCAACUAGUGGGUGGGAAGUGGUUAGAGUAUAUUAAUGCAGAUAGAGUAAGUGUUAGCUGUGUCCUCUACACGAUUAAUGAUACAGAGACCUUUUAUCACGACUGCUCAGCAGAAAUAGCUAGCAGCGUUGCAGCAACUCUAAAGCCACACUCUGAGGAAGCCUUGAAAACAGCGCCUUCAGCAAUAGGAUGGCAAGAUAAGGCAUAUAACGGUCGACGAGCCUAUAUUCGGUGUCUUCAGGACAGAGCGCUUCCUAUUACUAUACAAGACCACUUAAUUGCUCGAUCGGAAGUCGAGUGGGUGGUCAAGACUUUGGACUCCUCUCACAGUCCGUUUCUGUCUAUGCCGGAUGAGUUGGCGAGGGUUUUGGUGGAGAUUCUAGAAUGGUUUGUUAAAAAUUAA